GAAGUGUGCCAGUUUUCUGCCAGUUCACUGGCCAAUUGCCAAUGCAACAAACCCACAUAGUCCACUCUAGCUAGCUGCAUAGGCCUUCAUUCAAAGGGCCCAGUCAGCCAGCUAGCUAGCCACCCUUCAUAGAUUUGCUUUAUUGGAAAAUAAUGACAAGCAGAUCCAGUCCUUGGGCCAGAACGCCCUCAAGUUCUCGACCGGGGGUGCAACUAGCUCUCCUCUUGGGCCUCGUCUUGUUGGUGGUGGUGGUGCCCCAGAAUCGAGGCAUUUCUCCUGGGAAUACUACCAAGCCGGCAGUAUUACCAAGUCCAGAAUCCAAGCAAUCAUCAGAUACCCCUUCUACUAGUGGGAAACAACCAAGAAUAACCAUAUCUCUGGUGACCAGCUUUUGGGCUCAAUCACCAGAACAGGCUGCGAGUCCUCAUCGAAGAGAAAUCGAAGAAGCAAUACUAAACAACAUUAACAAUCCACACUUGGACCAGGUUGCCAUUAUUCUGGAUGGAUCUGCCUCAGGUGCCAAUUGCAAUCAUUUCAAGGAAAGAAUGGACCAACUCAAUGUUCAGUUUCACAAGAAACUGGAACAGCACAAUAUCACUGUGCCGUAUACCGGAAGUGUUGCAAACAAGAAAAGGCCCAAACUGACGUGUGUGAACCGCAGUGAUAAGCAACCCAACUAUUAUCAAAUGUUCUUGUACGCCUCCAGUCCCAAAGUUGUGACUGGCGACGUUGUCAUCAUGGCCAAUGCGGACCAAGCAUUUGAUAGCUCUGUCCAAGGGCUUCGUAGACUCAGAGAAAACGCGGUUCUACUGGUGCCAACAUCGGGAUUCGACAAGGAUCUGGUCCCAUCACCUGCCCAUGAACAUUUCCUGUUUCUUCACGGCCACACCAGUCAAAACUACACUGAAGGAGUCAAAGCCCGGUGUCGACCACGCAUGCUGUCUUGGGAUGCCUUUGCGUUCCACAGAAGACUCUUGGAGGGUAAGCUCGUCCGACCGCAAGAUUUCAUGCGCAACACGGUGGAAGGAACCCAAGCCUUUUUUCACAUGAAUGAAGAUGGUGCCGAAAAUGCUGCCACCUGGUCCCUCUGGUCCAAUGUCAAAAAUGCAGGAUAUUUCAAGAGUUGCUUUGUUCGAAUGUGGCAUUUCCACGGAUUUGAAAAGAUGCAUGCGCAUCUUGAAAAUGAAACGUAUUGGGAUUCUCCAACCGGCAUGGUGCCGGACCCGCGGCGGAAACCCACCAUCAUGUCGCCUAGGGACACACAUGAGAGUUUUCUUAAACAGAUUUUUAAAUAA